AUGGGGUCCAUCUCUGACAACGGCAUCCUGGACGCGCUCAUUGUAGGCGCAGGCUUCGGAGGUGUCUACCAACUCAAGCAACUUCGUGACAAUGGCUUCAACGUGAAACUUGUCGACUCUGCAUCAGACUUUGGUGGUGUCUGGUACUGGAACCGAUACCCCGGUGCCCGUGUGGAUAGUACAGUGCCACACUACGAGUUUUCUGAUCCUGGAUUGUGGAAAGACUGGUCAUGGAAGCAGCGUUUCCCUGGCAGCCAGGAAUUACGGGAUUACUUCUCCUAUACGGCCGACAGAUGGGACUUGAGAAAAGACACGGAAUUCAACGUGUUCAUCUCAUCAGCCGUCUUCGAUGAAGAGAAGAAUCUCUGGAACAUCACGAGCUCAUCUGGAAAAGAUUUCGUGGCUCGGUAUCUCCUGCUCAACACCGGUUUUUCGGCCAAGAGACACACUCCUAACUGGAAGGGCAUCGACACGUUCAAAGGCACAUGGAUACAUCCUUCAUAUUGGCCAAAGCAAGAGCCUGAUCUUCGCGGUAAAAAGGUCGCCGUUAUUGGGACUGGCUCUACGGGUGUGCAGCUCGCUCAGGAACUCAGUCAAGUGGCUGGCGAAUUCGUUCUCUUCCAGAGAACUCCCAAUCUGGCGUUGCCUAUGAAGCAAAUCAACUUCAAGGAAGGGGAGCAAGAACUCCCUAGGAAGGAUUAUCCAUACCUGUUCGAAAACCGCCGGAAUAGCUUCGGCGGCUUCAACUUCAACUUCAUUCCGCGCUCCACUUUCGACGAUCCCCCCGAGAAACGGAAGGAGGUGUAUGAAGAGCUCUGGAAGCACGGUGACUUUCACUUUUGGCUUGCCACCUAUCAGGAUAUGCUUUUCACCAAGGAUGCAAACAAGGAGGCCUAUAAUUUCUGGAAAUCGAAAGUGAGAGCGCGACUCACGGAUCCCCGUCUUCGAGAAAUCCUGGCUCCCGAGAUCCAACCCCAUGGCUUCGGCUGCAAACGCAUUUCCCUAGAAAACGGCUUCUACGAGAUUUUCAACCAGCCAAACGUGUCGCUUGUGGACGUCAACUCCACGCCGAUCGUUGAGAUCACUGAGCGAGGAAUCAGGACAACCGAGAAGGAAUGGGAACUUGAUUACGUCGUCUGUGCGACUGGCUUCGACGCCGUAACCGGUGGUCUGCUGCAGAUGGGAAUUCAAGGCAAGGAGGGCCAGCUUCUGACUGAUAAGUGGAAGCAUGGCACGAAGACAUACCUGGGUAUGGCGGUGUCGGGCUUUCCGAACAUGUUCUUCACCUACGGACCUCAGGCACCCACUGCGCUCUGCAAUGGUCCAACGUGCGCGGAGUACCAAGGGAACUUCAUCGUCAGCAUGAUGAAUCAUAUGAGGGAGCAGGGCCUCAAGCGCGUCGAACCUGGCGCUCAAGCCGAGCAGGCGUGGGGUGAAGACGUCCGCAAGUUUGCGUAUUCUUCAUUGCUACCCGAGACAAACUCGUGGUACAUGGGGACCAAUAUCCCUGGCAAAGUCCGGGAGCCUCUCAUCUACCUGGGUGGUGUUCCAAAUUACUAUGGCAGUCUCGAUGAAUGCUUGCAGGGCGGAUUCGCCGAGUUCAGAAAGACGUAG